UGUUUGCUGCUUUUAUCAACAUGGCAGCUUUGGAUGUUCGCCAAGUCGUUGCUGAAUUGCGACAAGCUGUAGACGAUUGUGGUGAUCGGGGGCUGACGACAGCCGCAGACUGGGCAUCCGAGCUGCUCAACGCCAUUCCAUACUCCGUUCGACGGUACGUUCCCCUCCGCCAACAUUCACCAAAUGAAGCGGGGCCCUCGUACCCCCUACGAGCAUCCACCUCCACCCCGAUCCGGUCUUCCAACGCCAACCUGAGCGCGGAAUCGGCGAUGGAAGUCACGGAAGACGAUGUCGUCCCCCCUUCUUUGGACGAAGAAGACGACCAGGAUAGGAUCCGCCGUGCCCAGGGGCUGCUGGGGAAGCGGGAGAUUAGGAGAGCGGCGGAGGUGUUGAAGGGGUGUAAAAGCGGGUUGGGGAGGUUCUUGAGACUUUAUGCGAGAUAUUUGAUGAGCGACAAGUAUGCGGAUGAACGAUGGAAUGCCGAUCAACAUAAUAGGGCGAAAUGGACACCUUCACCCGUUAAUGAUCAACUAAACGAGCUGAUCAACGAUAUUGGCUCUCCGACAGAACCCUUCCUUUUGUUCUUGAAAGGCAUACUACUGUUCCGAGCGAAGAAGAGAGCGGAAGCGAUGGAAGCGCUCUUAUUAUCACUACGAUCUUACCCGUGCAAUUGGUCAUGCUGGAUCCAGCUUGGACAUUGCAUUGACAGUGUUGAGGAGUUCACUCGCCUGCAACCGCUGUUACCUUCCCAUUUCACCACCCGUAUCUUUACCGUCAAAAUGGCCGCCGACCUAUAUACUGCAAGUUUGGACAACACGGUGGAAACAAUUGAUACGUUGCUUGAGACUUUCCCAAGUUCAUCGUUCUUGAAGGCGCAGAAAGCCUUGGUCUUCUUCAACAUCCAGUCUGAGGAGGCAGAGCGUAUAUUUGAUGAGAUCCAAGAGACCGACCCAGAUCGAGUGGACGACAUGGACGUCUACUCGAACGUAUUGUACGUACUGGACAAGCCGACCAAGCUGGGUGAUGUCGCGAGGCGCAUGAUAAAAGUUAACAAGGAUCGGCCGGAAGUGUGCUGUCUCGUCGGCAACUAUCAUUCGAUGAGAGGCGACCACGAGAAAGCUGUCCUAUAUUUCCGUCGAGCGCUUACAUUGGACAAAUCGUACAUCGCUGCAUGGACGCUGGUGGGACACGAAUACCUGGAGAUGAAGAAUCCGCAAGCUGCAAUAGAAGCAUAUCGGCGAGCAGUUGAUGUCAAUCGCAAAGACUACAGGGCGUGGUACGGCCUUGGUCAGACAUACGAGCUGCUCGACAUGUUCUCGUAUGCCCUUCAUUAUUACCAGAGAGCCGCGGCAAUCCGGCCAUAUGAUUCGCGUAUGUGGCAAGCGCUAGCUACAUGCUACACAGCUAUGAAGAGACCACUGGAUGCGUUGGAAUGUCUCAAGCGUGCACUAAUGGGAGAAGACGCCGACCAGAUACAACUCUACACCCGUAUUGCGAACCUUCUUGACUACAAUGGCGACCACGCCGUUGCGACCACCUAUCACCGGAAGAUCGUCGCCGCCUGUACGACAGCCAAUCGUCCCAUUGCGGAUUACGCGAAAUCCCUCCUCGCGCUAGCGCAAAGUAUCGCAGACUCAGAAUCUCCCGAGGGUAUACACGAAGCAAUGGAGUGGAUGGAACAGGUGCGAGAGAGCAGUUGUGAGGAGGCGGGCGUUGCCGGGGAUAUGUACCGGAAGUUGGAUUCGCUGGCUAGUGGGUAUGCGAUGCAGGCGAGAGGUGAGGGGCAGCAGCAGGUGCAGAGUGCCCAAGAGACAUAA